UUUUGAGGGCGUGUGCGACAAGCCACGUGAAUAGGGGCACAACCAAUAGGAAAGCGGCUGGGCUGGCGCUUCCGGGUUGUGGUGCGAGGCUAGUGGACAACUAGGGAUUCUAAAAGGGGAGAUGUCGCGUGUAACCAGUGACUCGGCCAAUGGAAAUGCUCGAGGGCCCAGAAACAGGGAAGAGACAGAGAGAAGGGCGGAGAUGCCUGUCACGUGCGACCAAUGUAGGAAAAGCAGGCCCUCCCCCUAGUCUUCCAGGUUCACGCGCGCACCACGAGAGCCCAGGGAAGGAAGGCGGGGCUAGUCUGAAAUACCAAUGGAAGCGAGAGUAGGCGGGCUCGCGCUCAGAUACAGGAGGCGGGGCUUCCCCAGCUGGGCCAAUGAGAGCACGAGGCGCUGGGCUGUCCUUAGGCUCUAGAGGCCGGCACAUGGCGGACGCGGCACUGUUCGAGUUUCUGCACACCGAGAUGGUAGCAGAGCUGUGGGCGCACGACCCAGACCCCAGCCCCGGGGGACAGAAGAUGAGCCUGUCGGUCCUGGAGGGCAUGGGCUUCCGCGUGGGCCAGGCCCUGGGCGAGAGGUUGCCCCGGGAGAUGCUGGCCUUCAGGGAGGAGCUGGACGUCCUCAAGUUCCUGUGCAAAGACCUGUGGGUGGCCGUGUUCCAAAAGCAGAUAGACAGCCUCCGCACCAACCACCAGGGGACCUACGUGCUACAGGACAACAGCUUCCCCCUCCUCGUCCGGAUGGCCUUGGGCCUGCAGUACCUGGAGGAGGCACCCAAGUUCCUGGCCUUCACCUGCGGCCUCCUCCGUGGCACCCUCAGCACCCUGGGCAUCAAGAGCCUGGUGACCGCCUCCGUGGCAGCCCUGCCUGCCUGUAAGUUCCAGGUGGUGAUCCAGAAAGCCUGAGGAGCCCCAGGCCCCACAACCCACUGAGCCUCACCCCACCCGGACCCUGGCCGAUGCCUGUGGUGAGGGCCAGAGGGCCAGUGCCGGGGAGAUGGGGGUCCCACCGCUUCAGGGCAUCACAGGCGCUCAACAAACGGGUGUCGCAGGGAGGUGGAGCAUCCCAAGGCAAGAGGGUCCCCGUCACAGUGGGGGCAGGUGCGGAGGGCUGCCCGCAUCAGACACGUCCCAAUAAAGAUUCUGUACGUGGAA